AUGCAGGGCUUCAACAUGGGACGUUACGUCCCGCCCGACCAGGAGGGUGUCGUCUCGGGCAACCGCCUUCUUGGCAACCGUGCGCAAAAGGCCAACGCAGCCGGCGUGCCUGUCGUGCGCUUCGAGAUGCCCUUUGCAGUGUGGUGCGACGGCUGUGAGGAGCGCACGAUCGGCCGCGACGGCAAGACGCACCCCGUGCUCAUCGGCCAGGGCGUCCGCUUCAAUGCCGAGAAGCACAAGACGGGCAACUACUAUUCGACGCCCAUCUUUACGUUCCGCAUGCGGCACCCGGCCUGUGGAAAAUACAUUGCUAUUCGCACGGAUCCGGCAUCAACGUCGUACAUUGUAGUCGAAGGGGGCCGGCGGCGGCGCGAGUACAGCGACGAUGCAGACGAGGGCGGAGAGUUUCUGGACCCUGCUAGUGCUGCCGCGCGGUCGGCGGCCGCGUUGGCUGGUGUCGAGGGCGGCGAUGCGGCCCACGGCAGUAGCAGCGAGCUGGACCGUCUCGACGCGUUUGACCGUCUUGAGCGGACCAUUGUCCAUCGCGCACCGGCUGCGCCAGGAAGUGCCAGCGACCCGGCACAGGGAGGGCCCAUUAGCGGUCUCGAUGCCGCUCGCCGCCUUGAGGCUCUGACGCGCAGCAAUGCCCGCCAGUGGGACGACCCGUACGAACGCAACCGCGCCCUACGUGCGGCCUUUCGCGUCGGCCGCCAUGCGCGCGAACAGGCCGCGGCCGACGACGAGGGCUUGCGGAAGCGGCUGGGCGGACUGAGCGAGGACCUGCACCUGCUGCCGGCGACGGAGGCAGACGCGCGGCAUGCGGCGCUCAUUGAUUUUGGCAGCAAACCGACUGGCAGUGAGACGCCAAGUGCAGUCGCCGACCGGCGGACCCUGGCGCAGCCUCUUUUUGGGAACAAUGGAGGCGCCGCAGAUGCGAAGAAGCAGCCGCCCGACCGUAUCAGCAGUGUAUCUGGCAAGCUGGCCCUUGUCAAAUCAGCGUCGCUUUCCGCCUUGCCCUCGUCGGCUUCACCCGCAUGGGCGUCCUCACGCAACCGGACCUAUGCUCCGACCACAGAAGCGGCCAAGCGGCAGCGCUCAAUCCGCGACCACCUGGCGUCCACGGUGCUCGCUAACACACGGCUGACGACGGAUCCGUUUGUGGCCGCGCUGGCGGGCGGCAGCCAGAGUGACGCAGAAAAGACAAAACCGCCCAUAAAAGGGCUCAAGGGCCUCAGGAAGAGUGCCACGGUGGCCGAUCUCCGCCAAAGAGCAGAAACAGACUCAAAAACGGCGACAAUGACUACACCGGAGCGCCAGCCGCCUCGACUAGGAACAAAGAGGAAGCGUGGCGUGGAGGACGAGGAAGAGAAGGAUGCUGAAUGCAAGUCGAGCAGAUUGGCAACGGCGCUGGUGAGUUACGAUUCGGAUUAA